AUAGUCAAACCUUCCGUGUUCGGCCGCAAGCCGCCCACCCGACUGAGACUCCUGAGGACGUAAAAACAGAGGAAACGAGGGGGGAAAACAUAAGAAAGAUCAACGAAGGCAAAGGAAAGCCGUGAAAGGGUUUCCGAGAUGCCGGCGACUAGCGCUCACGUGCUCUCCCCGGAGUCCCUCUCGGCCGCCGGAAGGGCGGCGGAGAGGCUGAGCCUCCCGACUCUGCAGUCAAAGAUGAAGUGCGAUCCGGAGGGUUACGAGGCGGAGCUCCUCCUCCUUUACCGCCACUUCGAGUCAUCCCUUCACCUCUUCCGCCAUCAGUCCGCGCUCAGUCCCUCCUCCGACCCCGCCGUCGCCAAGGACCUCGGCGACCUCGCCAUGUUCCUCGCUCACGUCACCCCCUUCUACCUGGACAAGCUCGCCGAUUUCCCCCGCCAGAUCGCCGAGUUGCUCCACUCCGAUGCCCGCUCCCUCCCCUCCUCGCUCCGAUGCCAUCUCGCCCAGGCCCUGAUCCUUCUCGUCAAUAGAAAGAUAAUUGAUCUUGAGGAAACUCUUGAAUUGUUCAUGGAUCUUCAAAUUCUUGGGGACCGGACAUUAAGAAAACUAGCCUUUUCGCAUGUCGUUCACAACAUUCGGCGAAUGAACCAGAAGCACAAAAAUGAAGCCAAGAAUCGCAAAUUGCAAAAUAUACUUUUUCUAAUACUACAGGGAGAGGAAGAAUUAAGGGCCAAAAGAUCUCUUGUUAUCCUUUGUGAUCUUCAUAGACGAAGAGUGUGGUUUGAUGAUCGGACAGCCAAUGCCAUUUGCAAUGCAUGUUUUCACACAUGUUCAAGGAUUAUGAUAGCUGCUCUUGCAUUCCUUCUUGGUUAUGAACGGGUUGAAGAAGAGGAUGAUAGUGAAGCCUCCAGCAGUGAGGAUGAAACCAGUCAACAGCCACAAAUUGUUAUAAGCAAGGAGGCUGUUUACAAGGCACAUCAUAAAGGUACUACUGCUAGCAAGAAAAAGAAGAAAGCUAAAUUGCAACGUGUUGUUCGCAGCAUGAAAAGGCAACAACGUAUAGCAUCAGAAAAUAACAAAACCAGUUACUAUUCUCCUCUUACCUAUCUAAAAGAUGCACAGGGUUUUGCUGAAAAGUUGUUCUCUCGUCUCCAGAAGUGCAAUGAGCGAUUCGAGGUUAGGAUGAUGAUGCUGAAAGUAAUCGCAAGAACUGUUGGGUUGCACCAUCUUAUCCUGCUAAAUUUUUAUCCAUUUCUUCAAAAAUAUGUUCAGCCUCAUCAGCGUGAUGUCACGGAAUUGCUUGCAGCAGCAGUCCAGGCCUGCCAUGAUAUGGUGCCUCCAGAUGCAGUUGAACCACUAUUCAAACAGAUAGUAAAUCAAUUUGUGCAUGAUCGUUCUCGCACAGAGGCUAUUGCUGUCGGAUUGAAUGUUGUAAGAGAGAUUUGUUUGCGCAUGCCCUUGUUAAUGAAUGAAGAUCUGCUCCAAGACCUUGUCUUAUACAAAAAGUCUCACGAGAAAGCAGUUUCAACAGCAGCUCGUUCCUUGAUGACUUUAUUUAGAGAGAUAUGUCCUUCCCUGUUGGUCAAAAAAGAUCGUGGCCGCCCCAUUGAUCCAAAAGCUAGGCCAAAAGCAUUUGGAGAAGUCAGUGUGGCUAGCAAUGUUCCUGGUGUGGAGCUACUACAACACGAUGAUGACUCUACACUCGAUAGUUCUGAUGAAGAAAGUAAUGCUUCUGAUACUGACAAUGAACUGAAUCAGUCGCCAUCUCAUGGAACCGAGCAUGACAAUGAAGCUGACUCAGAAGAAGAGAAUGCUGCUGCAGAAGACAACGAGGAAGAGGACAAUGAAGUUUCUGAGGAGGAUGGAGAAGCGGAUGGUGAGGAAGUUGAAGUGGAGGAUGGUAUUAGUGAUGAUGGAAGUGAUUAUGACGAUCUGCGCAAUAGUGUCGAUGGAGACUUGACAUCCAGCGAUGAAGAAGAAGAAGAAGUUGAUGAUGAUGAUAAAGAGAUGAUUGCAAAUUCCAAAGCAUCGAAGAAGUCAAAUAAUGGUGAUCAUGAUUAUGACCGCUCCCAUGAUGAAGAUGAUAGUGAUAAUGAUGAUGAAGUGGGGGAAGAGACAUCUAAAACACAGAAAAGGAAGUUUAUAAAUGAUGAUGGACAAUUGAAUUCUGCAGAUACAAGUCUUCGGGUUCUAAAGAGACUUGCUGGAGCGAAGAUGGCACAACAAUUGGCAAAUGAAUCUGAUGGAAUUCUUUCAAAUGAAGACUUCCAACGUAUUAAAGAGUUGAAGGCAAAGAGAGAAGCAAAGUUGGUUAUGGCUCAACAUGGUUUUAAGAUUCCCUCUUCUGACCAGUUAACUGUAAAGCGUGUAGAUCCAGCUAAACUUGAGGCAAAUAUAAAACGAAAGCUGAGCAAGGAAGAAAGGCUGGCAUUGGUGAGAGCAGGACGGGAGGAUAGAGGAAAGUAUCAUGCUAGAACUGCUGUAAAACAGAAAAAGGCUGGUGGUCUAAGUAAUCGGCAAAAGGAGCACAAGAAGGCGAUGCCUAUUGCUGCCAAGAGAGCAAAGGCUGCUCGUUCGCGUCAAGAGAGGAAGAAGCAGCAAAGGCGAUCUGGGAAGCAGUUUCUGGGGAAGAAAGGAUGGAAGUGACAAGAACUAUCUGGCACUCCAUAAUUGACCCCAGCUCUUUUUUCUUUAUUCCUAUUGUGUUUCGGUUACAGCUAAAAUUUUGACUUAAUAAAGCCUAUGCCUUCUUCUUGUUUCUAUUUAUAAUUUGUAUCUGUUUCUGAUUGAGUGAUUAACAUCUGCAGAGUGCUGACUUUGCAGAUUUUUUUCCUCUAAAUUUCAGCUCAUUACAGAGCUGUCAGCUGGGGUGAUAUGUGAAGAAAUUGUAAAAAAGUUUAUGCUAUCAAAUCUUUAAGAUGGCAGCCUAUAUGAUAGUGGCAAUUUUGCUAAAUAA